UUGUCCUCGUUAGAUUUUUGUUACUAUAUCACCAGCAAUUAUAAGAGUUUAAGUCACUUGAUGUGAUAUUACUCUUGAACAACUUAGUGCAUGCAAAUAUCUGCCCACGGGUUUUACAAAAUAAUAUGUUGUUGAAAUAUUAUUCCGUCGUGAUACUGUGUAUUUCCGUCGUCAACGGAGAAGCUGGAGAACCGAAAUGUUUUUCGAGGUUUGACUACGACGAGAAAAUGUUAAUGAAACAGUUAAGAUUUGAAGACAAAGUACAGAAAUUCGAGGAUUUUAUAAACGGAUUAAAGGCGCGAGAAGAAAAAGAGAAAGAAGAACGUUCUAAGUUGUUUGCCGCAGAGUUAGAGAAAUACAAACAAGAGAAUGCGGAAGAAGUUGAACGGCAGAAAAUUGUUACGUCAGAAAUGCUCGAAAGUGUGGCGAAUUCUAAGAUGGAGCUUGAAAACGUUCAUAAACGGAUAGAUGAGAAAAUGAAAGGAAAUGUUGUGGCAUUCACGGUGACCUCACCUAAGGCGGGUGCUACAUCAUACUCUUUGUCAUUUGCAAAGGUCAUUACAAACGAAGGGAACGGGUUUGAUACAUCGACUGGCAAGUUUACAUGUCCUGUUAGCGGGCUCUACUACUUUUCCUUACACAUCAUUAAAAAACGGUCAUCUAGUGUUGACUAUGCCGGAUGUUCCAUUAAGCUGAACGGAUCAAGUAAAGUGACAGCUUACACAAAUCCACAGAGCGGUGCAGACUACGGAAAUUACGGAGUUUCGACGUCGGUGUAUUUAAAAUUGAAGGUUGGAGAUGUGGUGAUGUUAGAUAGUUGCAGCAGUGGUAUAUCCACCCGUGUAGAAUCACAAACGUCAUUCAGUGGUCAUUUAGAACAAGAAGUUUAUUAACUUAUACGUAAUAUUAUGCAUGCAUGUAUUUUUUAGAAUUUGUGUAGCAAAAAGCGGUCCGACUUCUUUCUCGCUUGAUAUUUAAAAGUUCGUAUCCAAGUUUUAAAUGAUAAACACAGGUUAUCAGCUAUUUUUGAAGAAUCUGUUCAUUCUUAGAAACAGUGUGUACUUUAUUCGAUAAGGCUUUAAAGUUGAGAUUUUUAUAAGAAAUUUACCCUUUAUAAAUUUUGAAAUGUUUGAUAAAAAAGCUUUAUUUUGUUCAAUUUUCAAAAUAUUAUUUUUAUAGACUGGUUCGAAUCUAGUUGUAUACCAAUAUAAGUUUAUUUAAAUCAAGUGACCCCUGGUUUGUAAAACUAUUUUAUAUUGAGAUUACAAUGAUUACAGAAUACAUAUAAUGAAAGCGAGCAAGUAUGAUUCAGAUCAUCGUCAAACCAAUAAUAAACGCUGAGAAACAAUUUAUUCUGUUUACCUACAAUAUUUAUGUAUAUUAAAUUACUUAGACAUUCUUUGUAACAAAUCUUACAAGAAACGGCCAUAAGGUGAUUAAAAUAACAUUUACUGUUUAUAAAUGUAUAUCAUACACUUUGUACAAGCUGAUCCAUUAUCAAGUAAACUGAUCCGUGAGACACGUUCAUCUAUUGUGUUAAUGUUUGAAAUGGGAAAAAUACAAAAUGCGGUACAAAAUAUAUUUCAAGAAUGUACAAAUUUAAUACCUAAAUGUCUCUAAGUACGGUACUGUUGUUUGGAAAAGCAAAUAGACAUUUACGGUAUUAAAUUGUCGACAGAAUUUUUUUGUAGUUUCAAAAAAUUAGGACGGUGUUAUUUAUAUUUAACUAGUUUGUUUGGCAUACUAUUGUUACAGUAGUGUCGUAAAUUUGUACAUUAUUGUAUAUAUGUUUGAUAUUUAUGUAUUCUUGUAAUGCUUUUCAUUCCAUGGAGGAAUAAAAAAAAUAAACAGAG